AUGAAUGAGCUGAAAGUGAAAUUGUUGUGUGUGAAAGAGAAAAAUUACACGGAAACACUGAAAGAGGUGCAUAAAUUGACGGAUAAUGCGUGUGAAGUGGUCAUCGAUGCGGCCUAUUUGAGAAACGAUCGAGAUUUCGAGGACUCUCUAAAUGAUCAAUUGAUCAAAUCGUGCAGAAGACUGACCCGUGUUGAAGCGAAUGUUUCUGUUCCAGUUAAUGUGUCGAGUAAUCAACAGGAAUUUGGCGCAAGAACAUUGCGACCAAAAGUAUGGCAGCAUGUGAAGGCAAUGAUGAAAGAGAAAUGGGAAGACGUACCAACAGAGCCAUGCAAAGACUGGAAGAAGCUCGUAAAAGCUGACGAUUUGAAAGAAAUGGAUUUGGAAGCUGAACUAAAGAAAGCCGAAAGCGAGUGUAAAUCGGAUAGCGGUCUAACGGGUGGUGAGAAGGCAGCAAAGAAAAUGCUGGACUUCUUCAUUACAAAUCGACUGGUCAAUUAUCAUCCUGGAAGUGUGUUCAUACUUGGCACAUGUCGUCGUCUGGAAACAUUUCAGCAAAUUUCGUUGAGUGUAGAAGGUUAUCGAAUUUAUGCAGUUGACGUAGGAAUUUUUAUACGGCAUUUCAGGAAUGUUCCCGGUAGCAAAUAUCAGAGUGUAUUGUCGCCAUAUCUGCAUUUUGGGAUGCUCAGCACGAUAGAAACUAUUAAACGUGCUAAAGAAGGCAAAGCAGCAAAACACCCGAUAGAUUCCUUCAUUGAGGAAUUACUGGUGAGACGUGAUCUGGCGCAUAAUUUCGUGUAUUACGCUCGUAAGAACUAUGAUUCGUUGGAUAGCUUGCCGGAUUGGGCGAAGAAAACGUUGAAAGAGCAUAAGAAUGAUAAACGUGAAUAUGUGUACAGUUAUGAGGAACUGGAGAAUGCGAAAACUCACGAUGUGUAUUGGAAUGCAGCACAAUUGGAGAUGAUUCAUACCAAUAAGAUGCAUGGUUAUAUGCGGAUGUAUUGGGGUAAGAAAGUUAUCGAAUGGACGCCAGACUAUGAGACAGCGUAUAAAUUCUUGAUCGAACAAAACGAUAAAUAUGAAUUGGAUGGACGUGAUCCGAAUGGUUACACGGGUGUGAUGUGGAAUUUUGGAUUGCAUGAUCGAGCGCAUGCGGUAAUUUAUGUUUUCCUUGCUUUGAUUUUCACAUUUUAA